AUGCCCGACUCCGACGAAGCCGAAGAGAUCGCACAACGACGAGAGGGCAUGAGGACCUUGAAUCAAACAGGUCUAGACCAGCUGGGGCCCUGCCCACCGCAUCUCGUCGAAACCACUAUUGAGAUCCCACUGCCAGACGGGACCAGCAGCCGCACCAUCGUCACCCGGCCAGCCAAGCCUGCGCCCGACAACAAAGGCUACCCCCUGAUAGUUCUGCUCUACGGCGGCGGGUGGUGCGGGGGCGAGCCCGAGAUGAUGAUAGCUCCGGCACGCGGCUUCGCCGCCCUCCUCGGCGCAGUCGUCGCCAGCCCGACCUACAAGGUCGCCCCGGAGGACCCGUUCCCGGCGCCGAUGCAGAGCGCGUGGGAGGCUGUUGCAUGGCUCUCACAACCUGGCAACCUCAAUGAUGGAGUGCUGAAGGACGGUGGCGUAUCUGUUGACCUGGAUCUAGGAUUCGUCAUUGGGGGAGCUAGCGCAGGCGCAAACAUCGCGGCCGUCAUCGCAGGCAUCGCAGCCGCUGCCGCGGCGGACAAGGACAGUGAGCUCGUCCGCGGCCUCAGCCCUCUCGCUCGGCCGCUGACGGGCGUGUUCGCGUCAGUCCCAGCCGUGGUGGCUGAGGCCAUGACACUACCGGCCGAGUAUGCGCCACAGUGGACGUCGCGUGUGGACAACGCGGAUGGGAACAUGCCGACGGAGGCGAUGCACCAGUGCGAGAGGAGGCUGGCGCCCGACUUUAAUUCACCUUGGUUCUCGCCCCUGAACUUGGACCUGCAUAGUAUCAAGGGCCAUCACGCCCCGCGGGUGUACACGCAGGCCGGCGAGCUGGACUGUCUUCGGGACGACGCGGUUCUUUAUGGCAGAAUCCUGAAGGAUAAGGGGGUGGCAGAGAGUCGCAUCGAUGUUCUUAAGGAUCUCGGGCACGUUGGCUGGGUCACAUUUCCGAUACCAGACGCACACACUGAUAGUAUCAAGACGAUAUGGCUUGACGGCAUGGCUUGGCUUCUGGGCAGGGACUGGGAUAAGAGUCAGAAACUCCCAUACUAG